AAUUAAUCCGAAAACGAGAUCGUUUCGAGACUAUACGGGUCGCGAUACUGAUAAGGACGUUUCCAGGACUUUCGCGAGUUAGUUACCGCGCUAGCUUCGGACGAAACCGCGAUCUCGCUUGACGUAGUUCGAGGCCCGAACGAGCAGUCGCCUCGUGGUAGAUCCAUGACACGCAUUAUCCCGUGCGUGUCAUUUCGUUGAACGAGUUCCGUGCUCUACAAGCUCGCUAGAAUUACCGGAUUCCCGAGCCGGCUGUUCUCCUCUUCGCGUUCUAUCGAAGAAAGUCGACGAAUAAAGAGAAAAAUUACGAAUUUCGCCGUCUUUUCGAAACGUGAUUGAUACAUAUAGUGAUAGAACUGAUUUGUUGAAAAAAAAAAACAAAUCGGAUGUACACCGCCUACGAUUUCAUAAGGGAGAGAACAAGAGCGGACGGAACGGAUCGUCGACGACGCAGCGCGCGACGAUAGCUGGACCGAGGAAAGGAUGAUUGGUUGUCUUCGGGACUCGGCCGGGACCCCGGCCAGAAUACUUGUCGUCUGCCUCGUCUAUAUACUGACGUUUCUCAGUUCCUACUGUCAGAUGGCACCAGCGGUAGCCGGCGUUGCUCGAGGAUGGGAAACGGGAAGCGGCCACAGGUACAAACUGACAACCACGCUGAUCUUCAAAGAGGCCGGACCGCCGAGAUCCGGAGGCGAUGUCGGCUUCAGACUGACCGGCGAGUUGGACGUCAUUGCCGUAUGGCAGGAUCACAGCGAUCCCAAUGUCUUUCUGCUCAAGUUUCAGUUGAUAUCGCCGCAGUUAUGGAUCAAGUCCCGCCGAGCCCCGGAACCGGAGGGCUUCGUGGAGCAUCUGUCCAAAGUUGACCAGAUUGCCGAAAAGCCCUUCCUCGUGCUCUGGCGACACGGCGACGUUCAGGCCGUGUACAUGGACUCGACCGAGAGCGCGUCGUCCGCGAAUCUGAAGCGCGGCGUAGCUAGUCUCUUUCAAUAUCGGACGCUCGACGACGAGGUGCGACAGCGGGACGCUUCCGGUCUGUGCGACGUGAUUUACACGUCCGCCGGAGAAAACAUCGUUCAGAAACGAAAAUCCGCCUGCACGCACAGCGCUCUACCGCCGACGAGACGACAUCCGAACCCGAUCUUCGCCGUGAACCUCGAAAGUUAUCGCAAUUCCACGUACAUACUGACGCAAUCGUUGCUGCCCGAGCGUGUCGUCGACCACGAGACACACGGGAUGACUCUGACGGCUAAAUCGGACGUCGGCACAACCGUCGUGUCGGAAAGAACGUUGGAACAGACGUCUAAAGUCCUGAGCGCGGGCGUAAUUCAAGCGGAUUCUGUGAAAUACGCAGUGGCGGUUCUUCAGCCGGGAUAUAGAGAAGUCGUGAUCGAGCUCCAACCGGAGCCGGUCUCGUGUCCAGACGCCGGAUGUCCCACGAUCGAUAAAACGAUCGAGGAACAUCGCGAAGCGCUCACCGAGUCGGCGCUUGGCACAGCGAAAUCCGCAUCGGCUUUCCUCAAGCUUCUUCCUCUAGUCAGGGACGCGAGACCCGAAGAUCUCCAGAAGAUCCUGAAGACACCGCGUAAUCGGAAAAUAAAGAUGCAGCUACUGGACGUGUUCGGUUCCGCGUCCACGUUACCUACUUAUAAAGCGAUCGUCUUCCAACAGGAUAGAAACCAAGACGAAAUCGAGAGAUACCUCUGGGCGUUGUCCCUGUCGUCAACGCCGCACACGAACGUCGCUUACGACGUUCUCAAACGAUCCGAGGAGACGAUGCAGAACGACAAAGUGUCCGAGACGUAUGCGCUUAUCGCGGGCGCGAUGGCGCGUCAUCAUGGUUCACCAGAGAUGAUAGAAAAUGCGAGAAUUAGUCUGGAACUAGGUCUGGACACUUGCAACAGUGAAGAGUGCAAACUCAAGUUCGUGGGAGCGCUGCGAAAUCUGAAGAGUCAAGCUGCGAUUCCCAAGCUGCUGGAACACGCUUUGAGCAGGGAGAAGGCUAUCAGUGUCGCGGCGUGGCGAGCUUUGGCGGCACUUCCUCGCGAAGCCGUAACCAAAGAGCUGAAGACGGCGGCCGACAGGGUGUUCUAUCAGAUCGGAAGUCCACGUGACAGCAGCGCGCGAACAAUUGCGUUGAACAUUAUUCUCGAGAACGACCCGUCCGAGGAAGUGAUACGCGACUUGGUCAAUUACCUGAGCGGCAAUGAUCCGUCUUACGAGGUCCGCAAGUACCUGAGUCAACGUCUAGAGCAGAUCGCCGAGAAGAACGAACGCGUUGCCGAAUACUUGAAUCGUAUAUACGCGACCGGCGGUGUGAAAGUCAAUAAUUAUCACGUGCGAACGCACAGAGGCCUCAGCACGGCUUUUACAAGAGAUUUCUUCCGAUCUUCUGACAGCAACGGAUCUCUGGUGACCAUUCAGGAAGUAAAUGCUGGUCUCCUGAAACGCGGCAUCGUGGACGUCGUGUUGGAGACCGAUAAAAAUCAACAAGCGAUGUUCUCUCUCGGGAUCUUCACUGGCGGUCUAAGUAGUAUCGUCUCGAGUGACGAAGAAACGGAACCUGACGACGACAUGCCCACUGCCGGAAUGGAGAUUGACUUCUUGGGUGUCGGCGUGCGACCGUUUGUCUUUUUCUCUGGUCAAAGGGAGUUGAUGGGUCACGUCUGGUCUGGCACGGCGUCCGACAAAACUCCUGCUUUUCAGACUAUUGCUCCUUUGCACAGCCACAGCGAAUACGUGCCGCUCGGAUCUGGUUUCGUCGCCGAAAUUGACGUUCAGGGAGCUGUGAGUUUCGAAUUGGCCGGCCAGGUUCAGCUUAGUCUCUGGUCCAAGAACGCGCAAUCGCUGGUGGAGAUGAACGCCGGAGUGAUGAUCCACGGUGGCAUCAGGACGCAUUCGAAUUUCGUUCAGAGCAAGGCCGAGUUCUCGAUGUCCACGGAGCCGAAACUCAAAUUGUCCACCGAUCUUGACUACUCCGGACCGGUGUCGUUGUGCAUGAAACUGAGCCAGCCGGUCACCACGGUGAAGUAUCAAGUGUACAAGAUCGAAAGAAUAGCCGGCAGCCGACACAAGCUGAGAAAAACGCGGCGGUCGAAGAUUUACUCGCCCGGCAGGACCUACAAGCUCAACCAAAAGAACAACGAGAUGUGCACGAAGUUCAGUUAACGCGCGCUGAAGACUGCCAUAGAUCGUGUUGCAAUAUUAAAAUUGACGUCAUAAAACUCUUUUUUUUUUUUUACCAUUGUGAACCUCGAUAGUGUGUAAACAUGGAAUCCAAUUUUAAUAAUACAAUAUGUUUAUAGAGAGCUGA